AUGGUCCCUAAAUUCUACAAUCUUUCAAAUGGUUACAGAAUCCCAAGCAUUGCCUUGGGUACUUACGAUAUCCCAAGAUCACAAACCGCUGAAAUUGUGUAUGAAGGUAUCAAAUGCGGCUACCGUCAUUUCGAUACCGCUGUUCUUUAUGGUAAUGAAAAGGAAGUCGGUGACGGUAUUAUCAAGUGGUUGAAUGAAAAUCCGGAAAGUAAUAAACGUGAAAAAAUUUUCUAUACAACCAAAUUAUGGAAUUCACAAAACGGAUACAAAAGAGCUAAAGCUGCCAUUCAACAAUGUCUGAAUGAAGUCUCCGGAUUGAAAUAUAUUGAUCUUCUCUUGAUUCAUUCGCCACUAGAAGGUUCCAAAUUGAGAUUGGAAACUUGGCAAGCUAUGCAAGAAGCUGUUGACGAAGGGGUGGUUAAGUCUAUAGGUGUUUCUAAUUAUGGGAAGAAACAUAUUGAUGAACUUCUGACCUGGCCAGAUUUGACGUACAAGCCAGUAGUCAACCAAAUUGAAAUUUCACCUUGGGUUAUGAGACAAGAACUAGCAGAUUAUUGUAAAUCUAAAGGUCUUAUUGUUGAAGCGUUCGCUCCAUUGUGUCACGGCUACAAGAUGACCAAUCCAGACUUAUUAAAAGUUUGUAAAGAGGUUGAUCGUAAUCCGGGUCAAGUUCUGAUUCGUUGGUCUCUGCAACAUGGUUAUUUGCCAUUACCGAAGACUAAAACGGUUAAAAGGCUGGAAGGUAACCUUGCAGCCUAUGAUUUUGAGUUGUUGGACAAACAGAUGAAAAUUCUUGAUCAUCCUGAUGCUUAUGAGCCUACCGAUUGGGAAUGCACAGAUGCGCCAUGA